GAAAACAAAGCGCAAGCAAGCUCCGCGAUGCCGAUUCAUGUGAACCAUCAGCAUUGACAGGCCACAUUACUCAAGUACACUGAAUAUAUCGGAGUACCAGCUACGUUCAACGGCCUAUCUCAUCUUUCAUUUAUUCUGCUGCCGAGCCGCCCUCCGCCCGGCGCGCGAGCGGCCGAGCGCAUGGAGUACCCGUCCAUCAUCGCUUGUUCAGCGUCGCCAAGCCGUUGGAAUCCCCCCAGACAGAGUGCUGCUGGCAGUGUCGCUUCAGAACCGGUACAGUCCUGGACGGCCACGCGCUGCCACCGGCUGCUCCGACCGCUUCUUGCCCAUCUCGCGGCCCUCAGGAAAGACCAAGAGCGGAGGUCCUUGGUUCGCAAUGGCUCGGGCACAGCAGCCCCUGCCCAAUGCGCGAAGCCCCGGAGGACCGUGUUGGGCAAGCGGAGCUACCCGGACUCCGACUCCGACUACACCGACAAGAAAACAUACCGCAAGUACUCCAGAAAAGCCUCGGGCAGACAAUGCGUGAACGGCCAGUCAUGCACACCACAGCGCAACGUCCAAAGGCAGCGCCGGCAGCCUGAUAACAGGCCCUCCCAGGAUGUGGUGCUGCCCACGCCGUUCCUCCGCCGCGUAAGGGAUCACCGCCCCUCUUCUCCGCCCCAGGUCCUAGACGAGCCAUGUCACGAGGAGCCAGCUCCGGUGAGCGGACGAUGCAGCCACGCGGGGAGCCGCUGCCGGACGAAGUGUGUAUUCGAAAUGGAGCUGGCGGGUCUGCGCGCGACGGUCGACGCCGAGAGACACGGCCUCUAUGAGUCGGUCUUCCGAGCAUUUGACUCGCUGCUCAGGGUCACCUCGCCUCGGAAGAACCAGGCAGCAGGGCCCAAAUCGCUACUCGCCAUGUGCCUGCGGAAGGUUCCGGCCUACAUCGCAGAGCUCGAGGAGUGGGAGAGAAGGGACUCGGAGGAGAACGGGACCAAGUCCGCCGUGCAGGGAGCCGGCGUGUCGUUCGAGAUAUACUCGGAGCUCGAGUCUCUGGGUGCCGUCGACGGAUGGAGACACCUCUGCCUGCUGGCGCGGGCUCAUGGCGUCCACAUGAUACAGGACGCUGCAUCGGAAGGGCUGCUGGAAGAUCCAGUGACAGCCCUGCUUAUACGGUUGUGUCUCGAAUACAUGCCGGCGAUGGAAUGUAUGGACCUGCUCAAGAUCUACCUUUACCGCCAGUACCCGAAGCCUCAGCCCGCUAAUGACGACCUAUUCUCCGCCCCGGCGCUUCGGCCGCUCCAGAUCCUCCGAUGUUGCGACCCGACGGGAACGACUCUGAUGCCGAGGAUGCUGGCCGAUUUACUUGCCGACGGAUUGCUACCGGCCGAUUGGAUCUUGACCGCUCGGUUUGCCGACCUAUGGCCGGCAACGGUCCGCCUUCUCACCCAGACGAAGCCUUGUCCAGACGCCGUGGAUUUCGUCGUCACCGGACUAGAAUUACUUUGCGACAUGGCUGCGCCCACGAGACCUCGUGGCAUCCCACAAACACGGGUCCGAGGGAAGCCACAGAAUACCCUAAUCAGCAUCGUGGCGGCCCUCGGGUCUCUGGUCCUCCUCAGCGAGGAUGGGCUGAACAUGAAUGCCGAGUGUUCAGCAGCCAGAUCCGAAACUCUCAAGAGAAGGAUAGAAUACGUGACAGCGACAUGCUCGGAAAGACUCAGGCACAGAAGGAAAGGUGGCCGGAAAUUCGGCACCUACAUCCUCGCCCUCUGCGCGUUUCUAUCCCUCGAAACAGUUCCCGCCUCAGCCGCCGUCGUCGAGACGGCCUGGAAGGGCGUCAAGAGCUGCCGAGGCAACCCAAACCUGAUGCUCCAGUACGACGCAACCGCAGCCCUCAUGAGCCACGUUGCGUAUCACUGCGGUCGCGGGAUUGGCCUCGCCCCGCACGUCUACCUCUCACGGCUGUGCGACAAGCUGGAGACGCUGGACCUCCCGGGCGGCGCGCUGAGUAACAUGCGCGUGGACGGGGCCUUCCGGCUGGCCGAGCACACGGGCGACCUACGCGAUCUUGCCUACGCAGAGAGCCUGCGGGCCACCGUGGCUGCCGGUUGCUCCACCCCGGAGCAGACACGCAACGGCGGCGUGAAGAGGAAGGUUUCGUCCUUCUCGGGGAUCCGCUGGGACGACGGGAUCAGCGAGUGGGUUGCGGCCACCCCCGCGACCGAUCUCCGCCCGACGGGGCGCUUCCCGCGGUUGAGAUCCAAACGCAUGGGCAUGGAGCAGGCCGAGAACGCGUCAGACACCAACCAGCACGACGAGGCGGAUGCCGGAUGGUCUUCAGAGGGCGAAAGCGCAGGGUCUGCGUCUGAAACAGACGGCGAAGACGAAACAAUCUCGCCCAACACUGAGGCGUCAUCGACCCGCACACCUUCCGAGCCAAAACCGGGGUCAGAGUCAGAGUCAGAGUCAGAGCCAGAGCCAGAGCCAGAGCCCGAGUCAGAUCUACAAUCAGAUCUGGAACUGCAACCAGAGCUACGACCCCCACAUCCCGAAGACGACAACAACCACGACUAUGCCGACGACGACAGCGGCAACCCUGCCAGCCCUGCCAGCCCUGCCGACCCGCUCACCCAGUCCCCGCCUCCAGCACCACCAGCACCACCGCUUCCAAAGCAGAGCUCACCACCCGCCGGCGGCCGCUUCCGCUUCCUCGCCGCGCGCCCGCGCCGCCUCUCCCGCCGCAUCACCAUCGCCAUCACCCCCGCCGGCGACGAGCUGGCGCUCGACGGCCCCGACAUUACCGCUAACGACAACGCCGACCACGCCGACAAACAUGAUGUAGUCACUAUGAAUUCCUGGGGCGGCGGCGGCGGCGGCGAGAGCUGGCUCGGCAGGAAGAAGCCUGCUCGGUUCUCCCGCCCGGCUGGUCUUGUUUCUUCUUCUACUUCCACUCCUCCUCUUGCUGCUGCUGCUUCUGCUGCUGCUACAUCCGGCUGCAGCAACAGCGAGAAGGGGGAGAAGAAGACGAAGAAGAAGAGGGUGGCGCGCGCGUCGCUGGUGUACCUCCGGCCCGUCUCUGGCGCUUCAAGGGCGGCUAGGGAGCGGGGUGGGGAGGAGGAGGGUGUGGGAGGAGGGAGUGAUGAUGAGUUGAGCUUCCUCUGAGGUUCCCCUGCCUCGGUGGGGAUAGUAGACUAGUCGGUUCACGGGGCUGGCUAGGUACUGGACGGGUUUUAGCUGGUGUGGGGGGAGGGGGGAGGGCUUACGGCUGGUGCUGCUGCUGUUUCGUCGGCGAUUGAGGCUUGGUUGGUACUUCCACUGUC